GCCGAUCAUAUCCCAUUCAAUCCACACAAGAAUCCGACUCCCCGAAACACUCUCAUAUAUACUCUACUGUACAUAGAUUUUUCUUUACUUUACUUUGUUGCUUCACAUACGGAUCUCGCGGAUAAGCUGCUCUCUUCGCCCAUCAUGUCGAAAUACGCCGAGAUGGCCAAGGGCAAAUUGUCCUCGGGCCGCGAAAAGGCCUCUGAGUACAAAGGCAAGGCCAAGGGCAAGGUGACAAAGCAUAUCCCCGGCCGAGGCCACAAAGAGGAAAAUGAAGCUGCCACCCACGUCGCCCGCCCCUUGGCCUCCCUCCGCGAUCCAAACUCCUUUGCUCCUCCGCCCAGGCGCACCGGAUCCGGCCUUGCGCCUCCACCACCUCCCUCCCAAGUCAAACGAUCCGUCGUCGCGGCGCCGUCAAAGUAUCAAGAUCCGCACGGGCCGAGGGUCGAGCCGCCGCCUAGAUUUGCCGACGAGCACCAAUUGGAAGCGUACGAGGCAGAGCAGGAAGCCCAACCGGUCUCAUCCGGACCCUACAGAGUCAACACGACAGGACUCUCGACAGAUCAUCUCCCUCCUCCCCCCGUGAGGAGAGACGCCGCGGGCAGCCGCAAUCCGCCUUCGUAUGAUUCCGUCGUCGGCGCAACCCCCAGCGAUGCCAAAGCCCCGAGUCUUCCCCCGAGAUUGCCUCCGCGAUCAGGUUCCGGAACGCCGGAUCGAACGGCCAGUCCGCUAGCAACGCUCGGUGUCAGCUCCGGCAGCCUGAACCAGGGAGCCGUCAACAGAUUGGGUGCUGCCGGCAUCUCUGUGCCCGCCUUCGGUAUUGGAGCUCCCAGCCACGCCGAUGACGAAGCACCUCCCCCAAAGCCUCCCCGACCAAAUGCCACUCCGCCAUCACACCUCAAUGAGCUGCAAAAUCGCUUUGCCAGGCUGGGAACUUCAAACACGGGCUCUUCUACGGGACCUCCAACUCCUCCGACUGAGGCUGCCGCCGUUGCUGCUGUUGCUGCUGCUGCUGCGCCUGCUGCCACUACGUGGGCACAGAAACAAGCUGCUAUCAGGCCGGCAGCGCCAUCCCCAUCACCAACAGGAUCGCCAGGCCUCGCAGGAAAGAAGAAGCCGCCGCCUCCCCCUCCCAAGAAGAAGCCUGGUUUGGCUGCCGCAGCUCCUUCUCCAGGCGACGGGGGCGCACCACCUCCUAUCCCCUUGUCAACUCGUCCAUCGUACUAAUCGGUCUCUCUCUUGUGUGUCUAAGGGAGAAGAUGUCUGCUGUGCAUUUCACUAAUUGAAGCAAUGGCGUCUUGUUGCAUUUUUGCAUUUCACAUUUCGCAUAUCGCAUGUCCUCUUGCUUGUCUCGCUUGGCGUUGGGAAAUUAUGGAUUGAAUAGCCGUUGUCCAGAUGCGCAAGGGAAUUUUCGGGAUCUCAGUUUCAUAGAAUAAAAGCACCAGAAAAAGAAAACAUAUUUUGGAUCAGCAACUUUUUUUUGUCUUGUUUAAAUCGUCUGCCGCUAGUUUCUCCAGCUAUGUGGCUUUUAGGGAUAUAUGCCAUGCGCCGAGUAAAACGCAAAAAUGGGACUCGUAACUUGUGUUCCUCCACUCCAUCUCUCUCCAAUGUAUCUUCUCCUAGUUUUAUGAAAAAAAGAUCUUGGC